GAAGUUGCCCUAGCUUUGUUCCCCGCGCCUCCCUACCGCUCCCUUUCCCUUCCGACCCGCCGCCGGCACUCCUCCGCGCCCGCCGGCGAAGUCCCGCCGCACCUCUACGCUCUCUCUCCAUCCUCACGAUCUACCAGAGCCACCACCCCACAUCCAAACGCCGCGGCUUGCCCAGUUUCGAGCUGCCGCUCCUCUUUCUCAAUUUCCAAGGACGUUUCUUCACCCUCGAGCGUACAUACCCUUGAUUGCCGGCCGUCGGUCGUUGCUGCUCUGCUCCCGCGGUUGUACGGUCUGCUAGUGCUUCGUCAUUCGUACGGGAUCACGAGCAGAGGCGUCCGCCAUUAGUACCGGCUCGGUGGGGAUUGCGCGAUGGAUGAAUACGGAGAGGCGGCUGCGGCGGCCAUGGAGGUGGAGGCCGAGGCCGAGGCCAGCCCGUGCGCGGGGCUCUUCUCUCCUGUGACGUCAGAUUCCCCGUCCCGAAACCCUGAUGGAAGCGUGACCUCGAGGCGGCUCGGCCUUAAGAACAGCAUCCAGACCAACUUUGGAGAUGACUAUGUCUUCCAAAUUGCUUCUUGCCAGGAGAUCUCAACACUCGCAGUUUCCUUGUCAACAAAUGCACUGAAGUUUUAUUCUCCAGCAACCGGACAAUAUCUGGGGGAGUGUAUAGGACACGAAGGAACAAUUCAUGAAAUCUCCUUCUCAGUUCCAUCAUCACCACAAGUAAUCUGUUCUUGUUCUUCUGAUGGAACUGUCAGAGCGUGGGAUACAAGAAACUUUAAGCAGAUAUCUCUGCUAAGAGGAAGUGCGUCACAGGAAAUGUUUACUUUCUCUUUUGGUGGAUCAAGUGGUAACCUACUUGUUGCUGGCUCUAAUGCCCAGGUUCUCUUGUGGGAUUGGAGAACUUCAAAACAAGUUGCAUGCUUAGAGGAAUCCCACAUGGAUGAUGUGACACAAGUCAAAUUCGCACCAAAUCAACAGAGUAAACUCAUUUCCGCCGCAGUGGAUGGAUUAGUAUGUGUUUUUGACACUGAUGGUGACAUUGAUGAGGACAAUCAUCUGCUAUCUGUUAUGAAUGCGGAAACGUCUGUUGCCAAAGUGGGGUUUUUUGGGAAUAUGUAUCAGAAGCUUUGGUGUUUGACCCAUAUUGAGACAUUAAGUGUUUGGGACUGGAAUGACGGGUCUAGAGAGUUGAAUAUGGAAGAUGCUCGUUCCUUGGCCACUGAUAAGUGGAACCUUGACCAUGUUGAUUAUUUUGUUGAUUGUCACUACUCUCUGCCUGAUGACCAGCUAUGGUUGAUUGGCGGCACAAGCGCAGGGACUCUGGGUUACUUCCCUCUAAGAAAUGAUCCUGCAGGAGCAAUAGGUUCUGUGGAAGCUAUCCUUGAAGGAGGCCAUACAGGAGUUGUUAGGACCGUAUACCCUGCUGCAGGAACCCAUGAAAGCCUUGGGCAAAAUAGGGGCAUCUUUGGAUGGACAGGCGGUGAAGAUGGCCGAUUGUGUUGCUGGCGCUCUGACGAAAUUGCAGAGACAAACAAGUCUUGGAUCUCUACUUCAUUAGGUUUGAAGCUGCAAAAGAAAACCAAAAGCCGACAUCAGCCAUACUAGCCGCUAAGAACAAAUCCAUAUGUAACCUUUGUCACUGAAAGGUGGAAGCCCUGUCUGUGAUGUGAGCAUGUUUAUCUUCAUGCCUCUUGAAUAGGUCGUGAUAAACAUAUAUCCCUUAGCACAUUGUGGCUCUAUUUUCACAUUUGCUAAUCAGUGAGAAUGCUGCCACAGUUCAGCCGCUGGUUAUCAUUCAUCCCCAUGAAAGCUAGAGUAUUGAAGCUGUCGGACCUGGUAACAUUAUCUGAAGCCUGAAUUGAGCAAAUGGUGAUGUGUCCAUUUGGGCCAGCUCGGCAAGACGUGCCUCAUUUUUA